UGUUCCACGUGGACCGGAAUUGGAGACUCCUAGGGUCCGAAGCCAACUAGAGGAUCCAGACACCGCUUUACGUUACAAUUCUAGGAGAAGUUCGCUGACCUUCGACCUCGGAUCGCCUACGACCUCGGAAAGUAGCAGGGAGGCGAAUGUAGGAGCUGUCGUGAUGAGUGGGAACAAUGCGGAUCCAGCAGGAGCAGAAAGUAGUGCAAGUAAGGAGCUCGCGGAGAAACUCAAAAUGAAAGAACAAGCACGUGGAAGACGUCCAAGGCAGAUACGAGAAGA